AUGCCAUCAGCCAGAAUUUUCUACGACGCCGACGCGGAUUUGAGUCUUCUGGAUGGCAAGAAUAUUGUUUUCUUGGGUUUCGGAAAACAGGGUUCCGCACAAGCUCAGAAUCUGAGAGACACAGGCAUACCGAAUGAACAGAUAACUAUUGCGAACGUAAAGGAUUCUUUCGCCGAUGAGGCUAGGGCUAAAGGUUUCAAUGUCGAGCAUGACUUUAGUAAGGCUGCUGAAAUCGCGGAUGUCUUGUUCAUACUCAUCCCUGACCAGGUCCAACCCGGUGUCUUCAACAAUAAGUUUUUUCCAAAGAUGAAAGAUACAGCGGUCAUUGUGGUUGCUAGUGGCUACAAUGUUUUCUUCAAUUUGUUGAAAUUCAAGCCUCAGCAGGACGUGGUCAUGGUUGCUCCGAGAAUGAUUGGUUCUUCUGUGCGGUCUCUGUACCAGAAAGGCCGUGGCUUCCCAUGUUUCAUUUCCGUGGAACAAGAUGGGACUGGUAAUGGCUUACCCAUCGCUCUUGCGCUUUCGCGUGGCAUAGGCGCUACGAAGGCUGGAGCUAUUGCUUCAUCUGCACGAGAAGAGACGGCGAUGGACCUGUUCGCUGAACAAGCCCUUUGGCCUAACAUCAUCAUGAUGUUCAGGGAAGCCUUCAAUGUGCUUAAGGAGGCCGGAUGUUCGGAUGAAGCUUUGUGUUAUGAAAUGUGGAUGUCCAAGGAACCAGCUGAAAUCUUUGAACGCGCUGCCGAUGAUGGUUUUAUUGCUCAGCUGAAACAUCAUUCUACCAUUUCGCAAUACGGUCAAUUGAGUGGAUCACUAAAGCUUGAGGGAACCAGCACCAGGGAACAUUUCAAAGAUAUCUUGUAUAACCAGGUCUUGAACGGAAAAUUCUGCAAAGCUUUUAGUCUAAUUGAAGAAGACUUGGAGAAAGAAGGCGCUGAAAAUCCUCUGAAUGAACUCUACAGGCGGUCUGAAGAAACUGAACUGGCUCAGGCAGAGAAGAGAGUCAGAGCUAGGUUGGCUGAAUUGCUAUAG